AUGUCUGAUCAAACAGUCAACAUCCCACAACUUCUCAUCAUAAUCCUAGUCGGAGCGUUCGCAGUGCGAUAUUUAUUCUUCUCCGGGUCCAAUAAUGGCUCCUCGGGUUCGAAUCGCAAUAGCGCAAGUAAUGUUCGGGCACGAGAGGCAGAUGUAGAGCGUAUACAACAGAUGUUUCCACAGGUGUCGAGGAGGAGUAUUAUGUGGGAUUUGCAGCGGAAUGGGGGAAACGUAGUGGCUACCACGGAGCGGAUAUUGAGUGGGAGAGGCUUAGAAGUUCCUCCUCAAUCUUUUCAACCACCGCUCCCAGCACCCGCCGCCGCCUCUUCAACAUCAAUCCAAACUUCUAAGCCCACCCAACCAGAUUUAAUAACACGAUACAAUCUGAAAGCGAAACUAGCAGAAGAACAAGCGGAAAAACGAGAAGCUGAAGAGCGAGAAUCGAAACAGAAGCAAGGAGGGGGUGCAGCUUGGAGUUCUAAUAAAAAUGAAAGACAAGCGCUUUUGCAGAAGAGGAGAGAGGAGAUGAUUUUAGCGGCAAGGAGGAAAAUGGAAGCAAGAGUUGCGAAGGAGGUUGAGCAAGGUGGGAGUGGGUAG